AGUUUGCCUGAUGGAAGAAAAAAGAAUUUUCAAAUAUUCUAUUUGGGAAGAUUUUCUCUUUUGAUGAAGACAAAUGAUGAUGAUGAUGUUUUCGGAAUUAAAAGGAUCGAACGAUGAAAAGGGGAAUAAACACCAAUAAAAGUUGCCAUUUCUACUAUGGGGAUUUCUCAUUGUUGUUCUUCACAUUAUCUCAAUAUGGUACCAACUCUACGAUUACCUAGUGCCCUUAGUGGAAUCACUUUAGCUCAAUUAGUUGUGAUCGUAACCCUUUUACCCUUUAGUUUUCAAUCAAAAUAUAAAGAUAGUCAACUUGUAAUCUAUUCAAAUGGUCCAUGUUUGAUGAUCCGUUUCUUUGAAUCCCAGUCAACAGAUUUGACGCCAUCUUUUCCCUCUUUUCCCUCAUUAAGACCUUUGGAGGUGCCAUUAAAAAUUGCCGGUAAAAAUUGUUCUCAAAAUGAUCCAGGAUGGAUUACAUCAGUUGAUUACUUUAUGGAUCCAGUUACCUUGGACUUUCAUCUAAUUUGGGCUGAUUCAGAUAGUUCAACUCUAUGGACUGGUCGGGUUAAUUCAACAAAUUACCAUAUAAGUGAUGUGAAGCAAUUACGUGAUAAUAAUGAUAUGCUUAUUGGAGCUCGUGUGAGAAGUUUAAUUGUUGAUUCUGGAAAGAUGUUCAUUAGCCUUCCAUAUUUACAUCGAAUUGAAAUGUACGAUCUCAUUGGUGGUUUAUCGAUUGCUCAAAAAAAGUCAAAUUCAUUUUCGAUUAAUCUAAACCGAACCAUCUUAUCUGAAGAUACUGAGAAAAUAGGAAAAGUGCUUUAUAAUGUAGAUGAAGAUAAAUUAUUUUGGAUCGAAGAAAAUAAGUGUCUAUGGUUUGGAACUCCAAGCUCACAGAAAAUUAUGGACAGAAAACGGCUCAUGUGUACCAAUUCCCUAACCGAUGGAUUAAUUUAUUCUGCUGUUAUCGAUUCAGAGACGGGCGAUAUUUACGUUUUCAGUGGUAAAGGCAAAAUAGAACGUCUUUCUGGUCCUAAUUGGUCCCAACGAACUACAGUUAUAUCAAAUUGUUUAGCCGAGGAAAAGUAUCAAUAUGCUAAAUUUUACACUAUCAAGAUGAUGAAAGAGAAAAAUUUUCUCAAAUUCUAUGCCAGUGAUACGCAACAUUACGCAUUCCGGCAAAUUAGUUUAAUCAAACGAUUCAAGACAGGAAACAACGAUGAGGGAGAUAACGAUGAAUAUAUUUUGGAUAAACAAAAUUCUGGAAUCUUAUUCACUGAUGCACCAAACAUUUAUGAUUUUAUUUUCCCUGGUGAUGAUAAAUCUAAAAGCAAAGUGAUCAGUUCACCAAGAGACCAAGAGAUGAUGAAUAAAGCGACACAAGCACAAGAUGAACAUGAUCUCGCAACUAUAAUAUACGAUGAAAAUUUGGAUCAAGAUGAAGAUUUGGACGCGAAUAAUGUUGCAAUUUCAUCAUCAUCGUCAUCUAGAAAGUAUCAAUCAAUGACAAGGCCCAAAUUAGAAUUAAUUAAUAAACAAGAUCUUCCGGAAUCAACUUCCUCCUCUAAGCUUUUCAGAAGAACGGAAUUACCUGUAAACAAUUUAGAUUCAAUUAAUUCCCUGUCCAAUAUUAUUGUGUCUUCUUCUUCAUCAUCACCAUCGCCCAUUGAAGGUUUACCUCCUCAAAUAACCUUAUUAACUGUAACAUCAUCAUCAACAAUUAUCUAUUGGCUUUACGGCUUCUUAUCGAUUGGGCUUAUUAUCGCCGUUGUUUGGAUUUUAUUAACUUUAAUUGGAUUAAAGCGAAAUUAUCAAAAAGUUUACACCGAUGAUAACAGUUUAAAGGAAAAUCUAACCAGCGUUAAAUAUUAAAGAGAAACAAAUUAACAACAAUUACCAGCUAAUACUUAAAUUAGAAAUCAAAAAUGUUUAAUUGCAAUUAUAAAUAAUAUAUAAAACAAAAUGUUAAAUGUAAAAUUUAUCAAUAGUAAUAAUAUAAUUAUCACCACAA